UACAUCUACAGAAUUAGCUAGCUGUCUGUUUGUUCAUUCCCAGCUGCAACCAAUGGCAUUCCACUUGAAGCAUUCUUGCCUAGCCUUCGUUUUGAUUAUGAGCUUCUACUCAUUGGCAUCUGCCCAAAUUUCUGGAAUAGCUACUUAUUACACUCCUCCCUACAUGCCUUCUGCUUGUUAUGGGUACGAGGAUCAAGGGGUAAUGAUCGCAGCUGCGAGUGAUGUCUUCUGGAACGGCGGAGCUGCCUGUGGGCAAUAUUACCAAGUAACUUGUGUUAGUGGGACAAACAAUGGUGUUCCAUAUCCUUGUCAAGGAAGCCAAUCGGUGACAGUGAAGAUUGUAGACUACUGCCCACCUGGAUCCUGCAGGGGAACCAUUGACUUGUCACAGGAAGCAUUUUCCUCAAUUGCAGAUACAGCUUCUGGUGCUAUAAACAUUUAUUAUCAACAGCUUUGAACUUUGAAGGAAUGGACUGAAAAUCUUGAGAGAUUAUUAAUUUUCUAAAGUUGGAGAGAGAUAUAUAUUGAUUGUUCUAGCUGAUCCUCGAAUCCUUAUCAGUAGCAAAGAAUAAAAAGUUUAUGAAUAAGAA